CGCCAAUUUUCAUAUAAUUCUAAAAAUGACAGCAAGGAAUUGGAGGUCGUCUCUGUAACACAAUAAAAAUUAAGUGAUGGAAAUGUAAACUUAACUCCUUUGGCUUUCUCUCUCUCACUCGUGUAUAUAUAUAAAGUCAUUGCCGUGUUUGACCUCCGAAUUUCCCAGGAGCUCAUUUCCAAUCCUGCCCCGCAGGAAGUUUUCAGUUUCUUCUUCUUCUUCUCUUCUUCCUCCGCCUUCCUCUACACGCGAACUUCUCUCCAACUCCCAUGUAAACAGUAGCGUUAACUCUCUCGCUUAGUUCCCCACCGUCGCCGCUUCCCUCCGAUCGCCGGAGCCGGCUCUGAGAGAAUAAUCCGCCUCGCGCCAAACGGCAACAGACGAAGAGUACGGAGGAACGAAACCGACAACGAGAUGAGACGAACUAGUGAUAGCAAUGGAGGAGGAAGAGGAUCUGUCGUAGGUUCCAGAGCUCUCGCUUCCAUCAACAACAGCGCCUUGGAUACUAUCAACGCCGCUGCCAACCGCAUCGCCUCCGUCGAGAAUCGUCAUUCUCAGGAGGCUUCCGCCGCCGCCGCCGCGUCUGCUCAGAAGAAGAAAUGGGGAGGCUGCUGGAGCAUAUACAGCUGCUUCGGGUACCAGAGGAGCAGGCAACGAAUUGGACAUGCUGUGUUCAUCCCUGAACCACGAACUUCUGGUAGUGGAAACCAAGCCCCAACUGUUGAAAACCCUAAUCACCAACAACCACCACCACAAGUCGUGCAUCCUUUCAUGGCACCACCUUCCUCCCCUGCAUCUUUCAUCCCAUCAGAACCUCCUUCUGUCACACAGUCACCGGCUGGUAAAGUCUCCCUCUCCAUGUACUCUCCACCCGGACCCUCUUCCAUUUUCGCCAUCGGCCCGUAUGCCCACGAAACCCAGUUGGUCUCACCGCCAGUCUUCUCAACCUUCAACACCGAACCAUCAACUGCUCCCUUCACACCUCCACCGGAAUCCGUCCACCUCACCAACACACCUUCGUCCCCUGAAGUGCCUUUUGCUCAGCUACUUGAGAGGUUUCCUCUAUCCCACUACGAGUUUCAGCAGCGCUAUCAGUUCCACCCUGGCAGCCCAGCUGGCCAGCUCAUCUCCCCUCGGUCAGGGAUUUCGGGUUCAGGGGCUUCGUCUCCUUUCCCUGAGGGUGAUUUCCCUGCUGCAGGGUUCCCGUUUAUGGAGUUUCGUGGUGGAUCAUCGCAUCAGGGAUCUGGAGCGUUGACACCGGACUCUGUGAGGCCAGCAGGAUCAAGCAGCAGCAACAACUUUGGUCUUCUAGACCGGCAGUCUUCUGAUCUUGCAAGUAGCCAUCGGGUCUUCUUCGAGCUGACUGCUGGUGCUCGUCUGACUCCUCGCGAAGAGCCCAUUGCAGCAUCUUCUCUUAGAACUGCUCUGGAAUCCAUAGAGAAUGGAAUGCUGAAAGAAAAUCAACAGAAAGAGCCCGUCCAUGGUUUCGAGACUCCUGUUGGUGAAACGUCCAAUAAUGGCACGCCAGAGAAAGCUCCUGAUGCCCCAACCCAUUUUAGGCAUCGGACGAUAACAUUCGGCUGUUCCAACGAUUUCGAUUUCGGAAGUUCAGGGAGAGGAGAGCUUGAUAGCAUUGCCUCACACGUCAUUGCAUCACAUCAAGGACCUGCUGCAUCAAGCAACUUUGUUCUAGACCGACAGUCAUCUGAUCUUGGUGAACUCCCACAUCUGGACGGUGGGCGUGAAAAAAACCAAGUUGCGUAUCAAAGGGUCUUUUUCGAGUGGACUGCCGACGAUCGUUUGAGGUACGAGGAGCCCAAGACGCAGCCGGCAUCUUCUGUUGAAACUGCAGCAGAGUGUACAGAAAGUGGAAGCAAACCUGAAACAGAGGAGACAUUGUUACACAGUGAGGUCAUACAUGUUGGUGAAACAUCAUCCAACGGCGCAGCAGACAAAGCUGGGAAGGAGAAAGCUGAGGAAGGGGCACCACCAACCCAUUGUAGGCAUCGGACUAUAACGCUGGGCUGUGUCAAAGAUUUCGACUUUGAAGAAGAGGAAGAAAAUCCAGAAGGAGAAGGUACCCAGAAGCCCAACAAUGAUGGGCCGGAGUGGUGGGCCAAUGGGAAGCAGGGGGAGGCUCUUGAGAACUGGUCUUUCUUUCCUGUAGCCCAGCCUGGUACAGUGAUCUAGCCUACUACCUUCACUAUCUUCCUGCUGCGUUUUGGCCUUUUUGCGCUCGUAACAGUCAAAUUUUGGGCUGAAGUCCUGGAAGGGUUAUCCUUACCGACUAACUACGUGUAGGCUGCUUUUGAGAGUUUUGCAGGCCCUUUUGUGGCGUGAAACCAAUGGCCGGUAGUUAUGUUCUUAGUUCUUACCUAAGUCUAAGUAUACCAUAGAUCUUGGUGCACAUCUCUUUUCCACUUCCAGUUUAAGCUAGAACAAGUUGUAACGUAGAGUGAUGAAAUGGAGAAAUGGCUUAGACAUUUAACAUCGUUACGGCUUUUGAUAUCGAUAUUAUACAAAAAUGUCAAAGAAGUGUUUCUCUUCUAUGCUCUAGAUUCUUCUCUUUAUCACAUCUAACAAGAUUCUUCUAUGCUCUAGAAUAGACUCUUAUAUUUGUUGUUUCAAAAUGAUUACAUCAAAGAUGGUUAACUCCAACCAAUUAUCCUGGGCUUUCAAGAGUGGAUUGGCUAUACUUGAAUCAUUCUUUGGAGCUUAUACUCAUUGCAUGGUUAGUUGUUUUGUGUUUGACAGAGAGAUAUGAAAAGAACAGUUGAUAUCUACUCUAUUUACAACCAACAGGGAAGUCGGGAUUCACAACGAGAGAUUAGAUCGACAUCCUUAUAGAAUUGAAGUUGAAUCUUGUAUGAAAACGGUUGAUAGUCUAUCAUCUUGUUCUGUCACUUUUCAAUGUCUGUUUAUCAUAUGAUUUACAUUUUAUAAUUUAAAAUUAAAUAUUGAGAAGGCUUACAGCUAUGUAGCUCCCCGUUGCUAACACUUCUUAAACUAUUAAAUAGACAGACUACCUCUGCGUAUGUAAAUUAACACGACGAUUAAGGUUAAAAAAUUUGUGGGCAGGGCAGUAUAACCAACCUCAACUGUUGACGGAAAAUGUUUCUUGCUAUUAGAACAAGAAGGUUGACUUUGGGCCCAAAGGAGAAGCGUAAGGCUAUUUGGCCUUCAGUAAUAAUGGGCUUUAUGAGCUUUGGGUCUUAAUGUAACGUUGUGGGCCAAUAGCUCUUUAGUGCAAAGUUGUGAGACGAAACCUUUACAAAUGAUUCACAUGUGAAGUCAAGUUCUCACCAUGGAGGUUAAUUUAUCAACCCGGUUUCAAUCUUUGGUCCGGUUGCCAAAGUAGAUUAAGGGUUAGUUAGUUACAUAUGUAUAACUUGUUUCAAGGUUCAAAAUUUUUUAAAUGUUCACAUUCAGAUAAAUAUCAUUACAUCAAAAUGAAAAAUGUUCAUACUUACCACUAUACUAAGAUCUAUUUUUUUUUUAAAAUGUUCAUAUUUGAAUCUUAAAAUUUAACUCUUAAAUCCAACAUUCACAUGAACCUCAGUAAGAAGGCUGCCAACCAAUGCUGGAUAAUUCAUGGUGUAGAUACCGUUACUUUACUAAACCCAAGUUCAUCUGAGAGCACCAUAUAAUUUUUAUUAUUCAGGUGUUUGCCUCUUUGCAUACACACCGCUGAUUGUGAAUCUAAAUAUUUGCCAAUACUAUUUACUCAAUGAACAAUGAUGUUUACUCUUUCACCUCUAUGCUUAUUAGUGCAAUUAUUUGGUCAUUCACUUCUAGCACUGAAAUGUUUAGUAGAAAAUUUAAAGUUAUUCUUCGAGGCUGAUAAUUGUGAAUGGUAAGAACCUAUGAUUUUGAUAUGUAUAAUUUUAAAUAAAAAUUAUCAGUAAAGUAAGGAAUCUUCUCAUUUGACCGUUACAAAAGAAAAGAAUCAUGGUAUAGGCUUCUUUUUUCAAGUUGACGAAACCUGCAAUUUGAUAGUGUGUUGUUUCAUCUGGAUCAUAUCUCAAAUUUGCUGCUGCACAACGAAUCACGAAAGGGAUCCAGAAGAAGGAUUUCACAUAGAUUAUUUUAUGUUACUCCUCACAUGGCUUCUACACAUAAAAAGCCCUUUGAAAUAAAAUAAUAGAAUUCGGAAAACAACGGAGAUACCGCACCUAAAAAUUUACAAAGAAUACUACUCUUGCUUGCGACUACCAGCCGCCUAACCGAACCUUUGACAGAACGAGAUUUAAUUCAGCGGCCGGACUUGUAAUAUUUCCAGAGUUCCAGUUAUUAUUCUUUGAAUGGACCGGAUUACGCCUCACGAAUCUCGAUCGACCGAACUAGCUAGCGAGCUACAUCAAACCCAAGUAUUUCCACGCCCACGUACCAGGAAUCCGGGAAGAGACCCGGCCGGCCGGCCGGCGGUAGGUUAGCUGGUUCGUCUUUUUCGUUGGCGUCAGGGAAGCAACCCCAUCGUAGAGUUGCAACUUGCAAAUGGAUAGUUUCCGAGUAUACAAUUCUUGUCUUCCCUACCGUCGAUGACGAAACAAAAAUAAAAGAAGAUCCUUUUGGUUAAUGGGAUUGGGAUCCAUUCAGAAAUGAGGUAGCUGGAGUAGAGAAGACAUCACACUCUCCUCUGUUUUUGUCACCUUCACGUAUGUUAUUAUAAGCGGGUAAAUGCUACCGUUUGGUCACUGAAAUUACGGAAUCAUUUUAUGUUUAGUCAGUAGAAAAAAAAUAUCAAUUUUGGUCACUCAAAUUACUGAAACAUGUCACAUUUAAGUCACUCUCCUGUUAGUUUCCGUCCAACUCCGUUAAUGAAGACUUAAUCAUGUUAGGGUUCCAUCUGCAGGUUAAUAAAAAUUUAAGGUUAAAAAAAGGGAGAGAACCCAACCUUGUCCCUUUAAAUUUGCAGCAGAAAUCAUGGAUGAGAUCUUUCUCACCCAUAUGCGGAAGAAAUACUUUUUAACAAUUUUUUCCCCACCAAGCGUGUUUAAUCAAAAAGGCAUUUCCCACAGUCGAGCAACAACUAGAUAAGUAUUUUCCACAUGGCCGUUGCCAAUGGAAUAGGCAAGAAGCAGCCUACCCUUUAGGAAAUACAUAUUAAUAAAAAAAUCCUCAUAAAAUAAACCAAUGAAGAUUUGAUAAUAAACUAAAUAAAGGGUAUUCACUAGAAAAAGAGGCAAAUGAAGAAAGGCAGAAAGCAAGCAUCAAUCAUGUUUAGUGUGGAUUGUUGAACUUAAAAACAGAGUUGUAGUGUAGAGGCUACCAGCCCCCUAAGCAAGCAAUGACGACAUCAACCGAAUUUUUGAUAAAAUUAUAUUCAGGGGUCAAACCUCUCCUUCUAUAAUUAUAAAUUUGUACAUAAUAAUAUUUUUAAACCUUCCUACCCUCACUCAUAUCCAAGACAUUGAAUUUGCUUGCUUCUCCUACAUUUUUGAACAUAAUAAUUAGAUUAAAACGUGAUUUUGCUG